CAAACAACGAUUACCAUUCCCAAUUCACUUACUCACAAGUCACAACUGAAACACUACUCAGAUGAAUUAAUGAAUUAAUUAAUUAGACUAUCGAUCGAGAUGACGGUAUUGGAAACGACGACGACGGUGGAAUCGCACUCUGUUCCCUCUCCUUCGCCUUCACCUCCUCCUCCUCCUCUUCACGAUAAUAUUGUCCACUCCGAUGAAGCUCCCGUUGAAGAAGAAGAAGAAAAGACCCAGCUUUUAACUCCUAUUCCACCUCAUGAUGAUCAUCAUUCUAAAGCCAUAGUUGUUCUUCCAAAUACUGAUCCUCCUUCUCCUUCUCCUGCAUCUGUUGUUGCUGUUGUUGAUGAUGUUGCUGUUGCGGUUGAAGAGAAACAGAAAGAAGAAGAAGAAGAAACCAAGGGUUCAACAGAUAGAGAUAUUGUUCUUGCACGAGUUUCGAAAGAGAAGAAAUUGGCCAUAGUAAAAGCUUGGGAAGAAAGUGAGAAGGCAAAGGCAGAGAACAAAGCUCUGAAGAAGAAAUCUUCCAUUGGAGCAUGGGAGGAAACCCAAAAGGCAGAAAUAGAAGCUAAGUUGAAAAAGUUAGAGGAAAAACUGGAGAGAAAAAGAGCUGGGUAUGGAGAGAAAAUGAGAAACAAGAUAGCGAUUCUCCACAAGAAAGCAGAGGAGAAGAGGGCCAAUAUUGAAGCAAACCGUGCUGAAGAUAUUCUCAAGGCUGAGGAACUGGCUGCCAAAUAUCGUGCAACUGGAACUACUCCAAAGAAAGGAUGGUUUUCUGUUACCUGAAUCCAAAUACCAUUCAUUUCUCUGCACAAACAAACAACAGCAAUAGGAUGAUGAACAACAAGUGAUCUUAUUAUGUUAUAUGUUUUUGGGUCAACAAUUCAUUUUCUGGUUACUUAAUUUGCUUCCUUUAUCGAUCCUUAUGUGCAUCUGUGCCUACAAAACAAGUGCUUCCUCUAGUAAGAGUAAGAUGAGAUCCCACUUUUAUAAAAUUAUCUCCUUUGGGUUUGGCUGAU